GAUUUACGUCGCGUAAUUUCAGGAAUGCAAACGCACGCGGCCGGUGAAACUCCCGUCGUCAAGGUAACCCCUCAAAGGUAAACAUAAAACUGUCUUCCCUGUUUUUCUUCACCUGUAACGGAACGAACAUCGGGAGUCUAAACGUGGCAAUGUGGGAAAUGGACAGUGUUUGUAAACGGAAUGGAUAUGGGAUGCAGGAAUGGCCAGACGGAUCGAAACAUGAAGGAGAAUAUAUAAAUAACCUGAAACAUGGCACUGGUGUUUUCACAUGGCCGAAUGGAGAGUUCUAUAAAGGUUCAUUUUUUAAGGAUUGUCGUCAUGGAAAUGGCAUGUACUCUUGGCCGGAUGGGUCAAAAUUCACUGGAAAGUUUUAUUUGAACCAUAAGGAGGGUUAUGGUGUUCACGUUUUUCCCGACGGAUCGACCUUUCAGGGUCUGUAUCAUGCCGAUCAACGCUUUGGGCCCGGGGUCAUGACGUACCCGGAUGGGCGACAGGAUGUGGGCCUUUGGUGCAGACACAGGCUGCUGCGACUCUGUACGAUUCUGGAGGGAGGCUUUACCCUGAGGGACUUUCCAGAACACAUGGCCAGACUACCCAAGAAACAACUUCCGGUCCAACCUCAACUUCACACGAUGGAUGAUGAUACAGGUUCUCCUCUGUAUCACGCUCCAUCAGAGGUUGAGGACCGUUUCAUCCGGCCUCCAGACCUUGAGCAGUACGCUACAGACUCAGACCACCUGCCCGUCCCCAGACGUCUACGUCAGGAUCUAGACUUGCACUUUUUUGGUAGGAGUGACAUCAGCACAUGGCAAACCAUAGAUGAUAUGCCAUUACAGCAGCGCAUGAAUCGACACAUUCAACGACACAGAUUUGAGAUUGAUGAAUUAGACUGGGAUGUUGUUGCAGUCUUGAACAUGAACAGGGAUCAGUUUGGACCCAAAGGCCCUCUUGAGCUGAACUCAGAGAGUUUGAUCAAGGAGGCUUUAGUUGGUAAAAAAAAGAAGGUUAGCAAAAUUAUCAGAAACGGACACAUUCAUCCUGACGUUAGUGAUGCCCAGGGACACACCGCUCUCAUCGCAGCCACGGUUAAUUGUCACGAUGACAUCAUCCACUUGCUGUUGGACAGCGGGGUAGAUGUAGAUAAGUUAAAUGAUGAAGGCAUGUCUGCUCUGGUGGUUUGCAAUGUCCUUUACUACCCACACCAGUCUUUACAUGAGACACUUGCUGAAAAAACACCCCAGAACCUCUGCGCAGAAUUACAGAGCCUCAAUACCUCGGAGGAACCCGAGGCGGAUCAUCAACCUGGGCGUGAACAAGAUACUCCAACAUUAGAACCAAAUGCUCGGAUGAUGUGCCAGAUGGGAACAGUGACCCCUUCAGACAGUCAGGAGACAGUGAGCAAAACUGCUCAUCUGAAGACAGAACACCGGAAUCAAUGGGUUACAAUGAAGCUCCUUCUGGAUAGAGGAGCGGACCCGAAUGCCUCUAGCAUCCCCAUGCCCGUCAUUUUCCUGGCUAUCAAAGCUGCUCACGUCGAAGGGGUCCGUCGUCUCGUGGAGUAUGGAGCCCGUACAGAUAUACCUUUACCUCCAGAGCAAAAGGGUCUGUACCCCCUUCACAUAGCAGCAGGUUUACCCGGAGCCGAGGGUCCACAGAUCACAGAACUCCUUCUGCACGCCCUGGCGGACCCUGAUGUCAAAGCUCAGGAUGCUGAGGAGGACUAUGAACUAGAUGAGCCUCAGAACAUGUCUGAGCCCCAGACUUUUGAUACUAUGCAUUUCACGGCUUCUGGACCCCUGGCAAAGUUCAGCGGACCUCUCGCUGAGCCUCCAGAAGAAGGAGGGAGGACACCACUGCAUGUCGCCUGCCAAAGAGACUCAGAUUAUACUAUCGCUCGAGAUGUCGUGGCCCUACUCCUCUCUCAUAAAGCAGCCACCAACCAUCUAUGGAGCGGACAUUCACCAUUGUCUCUUGCCAUUGCAAGUGGUAACAACCUCGCUGUGGAUGAACUGCUCGCCGCAGGGGCCGAUCCUAAUCUCCCGCUCGCUCGUCGCGUGGGCAGCGCUCUCUGUAACCUUGCCAACAUCAGCUACGACCGCGGGCCAGAACCGCGCAACCAAAUCAACCUACUCGAGAAGCUGAUCAAAGUCGGCGCUGACAUCCUCAUGCCCGUCGUGGUGGGCAAGGGACACAGGUGCAGUGUGGGAACAGUGGUGGAUUAUGCUCACCACGCAUUCAAGCAGGACCAGCGCGUGGCCCAAACCCCUUACCAUGCCCUCAACAAGCGUGAGAGGAAAGCUUAUAACGCCCGAUGCCAGUUGCUAAGCCUCAUGGGAGAUCUUCUGAGACAGGGGGCCAUCAGGAUGGAGAGACGCCGUGUGGAGGAGGAAGAGAGCCAGGGCAUAUUGAGUGUCAGUCCGACAGAUAAGUUUGUGUACACUGGAGCAGGAGGUAGUCGAAGUCGGAGUCUGCUAAGCUCCCCUGAGAAAAAUAUCAGGAGUGUCAGUAAAGAGCAGAGUCAAAGAGCGCCGAGAAAACCUCUCUUCAAAUAUUGCUACCAGUGCGGCCGGUCAGUGGGGGUGGUCCUGUCGGUGUGUAGCCGAUGCCAGGAGGUCUUUUACUGCAGCAAGAGUUGCAAAAUGAAGGCCUGGGACAAGAUCCACAAAGACGAGUGUAUCCGCGUGCCAGUGAUGAGUGGAAAAAGCAACAGAAGUAAAUGCAUUUCCAGCGAACAGCAUCCACCUCUGUCAGCCAAAGACGCUAAAGCCAAGACCUUCCACCCGAACGCGACCCCAGAAAUCCACGAGUGUGACCCGAAAGAAAAUUACAGUUUUAUAUAAGGACUGUCACAAAGGCUUUGUAAAAGAAAGCUUUACUUCUAUUAAAUG